CGCAUUCAGUCGCUUCUGGUCUUCUUAGACGAAAAGAUGCGCACCUUUCGUCUGCAGUCACUGUUCUUCUCCGGUGAAAGUUAGCAUCGGUUACCACAUUAUACAAUGAGUUCAGUAUUCGAAUGCUGUUUAUCUCACACAGUGGAGGAGAAAAGAAUGAGUGAAGAAGUGCUGUAGUGCUAAUUAAAGAGUUUCGAAAGGAUAUCAGUGUGCAGCAAUGUUCUGGAAUGUGUGAAAUCCUACGCCUGGAAGACUUUAUUGGCUUUUGGAUCCGGGGACAAUGUGGACUGAAGAAGAAUGAACCCAGAUGCGGAUAGCCUGCAGCCGACCUGGAGACUGUGGGGCGAGGAGCGCGUGGAGGGUGCUCUCUACACCGUCUACCUCAAGAAGGUGCGAUACCACCGCCCGACGCGAAGCGUCUCUUCCGAUUCAGAUGAUGAAAUAUCACACCUAGAGUGGGAGACUGUCCGUGUUCGAUUUGUGAAAGCAGGCACCUUGGAGAAACUUGUUGAGAGUUUAGCAACUGAUGAUGGUGAACUUGAAUCUACUUAUAUUAAUGUCUUCCUGACCACAUACAGAACUUUCGCCAGUGCUCGACAAGUGCUCACUCUGCUGCUUGACAGGUAUGAACAGCUAGCAAAUGGUAAACUCGACUUACCUGAGGCAGUAAUGGAACAACAUAUGAAGACUCUAGUCCUUGCGUUGCAUGUGUGGCUGGAUUCAUUUCCUGAAGACUUCAGAGAUCCCCCAAUGCAUCCUACUCUUCAUCAGCUGCUAUACUUCUGCCAACAGUAUCUACCUGAAUCAGAACUUGAAGUAAAAGUGCGGCACAGGCUUGACAGGUUCAACAAGGAAGACCAAAUGUUAGAUUAUUCAGAAUAUUCUUCUGGCAGCUUAUGUUUUCAUCCUUCCCUUGUCAAUGGCAACUCUGCUCACUUUUAUCACUUUCCUGAUGUACCUGAGAGGCAUUUUGCUGAACAGCUGACUAGAAUGGACAGUGAGCUGUUCAAAAAACUUGUUCCUCACCAAUGUCUUGGUGCCAUUUGGUCACGACGUGACAAGAACAGAAGCCAUGAAGCUGCAACAGUGCUGGCCACUGUAAAUCAGUUCAAUGCUGUUUCAUUCCGUGUCAUCAGUACAGUCCUUAUGGAUCCUGACAUCCGACCAAGUGAAAGGGCAAAGGUGAUAACAACAUGGAUAGACAUUGCUCAGGAGUUAAGAAUACUGAAAAAUUUCUCAUCAUUAAAAGCAAUCAUUUCUGGGCUACAGUCAAAUCCUGUGUAUAGACUGCAGAAAUCAUGGCAGCUUCUACCCAGGGAGAAGGUGGAACUGUUUGAAGAACUAGCCAGGAUAUUUAGUGAGGAUAAUAAUCAGUGGGCUCAGCGUGAACUACUUAUGCGAGAAGGAACAGCAAAAUUUGCUGACACAGUUGGUGAAAAUGACAGGCAGUUACAAAAAGUAAUCCAGCGGCAGCAUAAUAAUAGUGGAAGUAUAAGCCAUGGGACAAUUCCAUAUCUUGGCACAUUUUUGACUGAUCUCACAAUGAUAGAUACAGCUAUACCAGACACGGUUGCUGAUGGUCUUAUAAAUUUUGACAAAAGAAGAAAGGAAUUUGAAGUAUUAGCCCAGAUAAAAUUACUUCAGGGAGCAGCCAAUGCGUAUAACAUUCCUGAUGAUCCAAUGUUUGAUCGCUGGUUUGAUUCAGUUCUGGUACUUGAUGACAGAGAAGCAUAUGAAUUAUCAUGCCAGAUAGAGCCACCCAUACCAGGACAAGGACAGUCUGUUAUGGGCACUGUCAGAGAGCACAGAAAUAAAAAACGACCAGGACUGGGGCAUCGGAAAAAUGAUUCCAUUGCAAGUACAUCUAGUAGUUCUAGCAGUCAGUUUUAUUGUGACCUGGAUAGCCUCCCAUCGUCACCACAUAACUCACUAGACAGAAAGACAUCGCCAUCACAAAUGUCAUCCUCAUCCAGCAGUUCUUCCUUGCCAUCACUUGAUGUAUCUAUGAGCAGCAGCAACACAAAUACUUCAGCUGGAAAUCAAAGCAACAGUACUACCAGCAAGUCAUUAACUGUACCUUCUCAGAUGCACAGUCCUGCUCAAAAUAAGUUGCACGACUUUUACAUCAUACGUGUCACAGUUGAGACAAGUUCAGUUGAAACAGAAGGUAUUGUGCUGUACAAGAGCAUAAUGCUAAGCAACAAUGAGCGUACUCCACAAGUUAUACGAAAUGCUAUGCUGAAGCUGGGUCUGGAGGGGAACCCAGAUUCAUAUACACUUGCACAGGUGUUACCAGAUAAAGAAAUGGUUCUUCCACCAAAUGCAAAUGUCUACUAUGCAGUCAACACAGCAUACAAUCUGAACUUCAUCCUUAGGCCUAAGGCAAGCAAAGAAUUGGAUUCAGCUAGCCGAACCAAACAACCCAAGAAGUCAAGUUCUACAUGAGCUAAUAUAUAACCUGAAGUCAAAGAAUAUAUAUUUGUGCAAGGCAGUGAUGGUACUAGCUUCAUGAGCAUAAAAACUUAUGAUAGUAUGCCUCAUGCCCAGCUCGGUGCCUCUAAGAACAAUUUCUUGUUUCUGGGAGACAUUUCUUCUCAUUUUCAGCUGCUUGAGUAAAACAGUCAGUGGAGCUCAAAGCACCUCUCAUAAAUGGGUUAUAGAGGACAGUGGUUUUUAAGAGACUGAAUUUGAAUAUUAGAGAACUAAAAAGUGAAAAAGUUAAAUUAUUAUGAAGUGGUUACCGCCUCCUCGGCAAGUAACAAUGUUCUUUCUUGAAAUGUGUAACUUUUUAAGUUCUACUUGUACUUAAAAGAGAACAUUGACUGCAUCAUUGCAUGUACAAACUUUUGCAUUUUGUCAGAUGACUGUUUCAUUUACUUGUGCUUUACUGUGAAUUUAUGCAUGCCUCUUUGCACUCUUAAGAGGAUUAUGGAUUGCCAUGCACAAUUAUAUGAAGUAAUGGGUGACAGAUCUGGUUUUAAAUAGAGGUGAAGUUUGAAAAUUGUUAGUGAUAUUUUUCUGGAGCUGUAAAACAAAACCAGAUUAGUGGCAUUAUAGCAAUAAUUGAAUAGGUAAUUGGUGUAGUAAAUCAAAUGAGAGGCAUAAUUUUAUAAGCGCACCAUUCAGUUUAAACCAAAGGGCAGUUAUACUGGUUCUGUGGUGCUAUAUCUAAUAAGUGACUGAAUUUGUGGAGGGGAAAAUCUGGAGAUGACAGCUAAAUAUAUAUCCAGUAAGAGACAGAGAGCAGUUGUGAUGUUGCUCUUGUUGCUAUUGUUACUGUGGGUCUAGACCAAAGUCCAAUUUAAAGCAAUCUCCAUGGUAGUCUGCAGUGUGCAAGCCUCUUCAUCUCUGAAUAACUAUUUCAGCCUACAGCCUUUGGAACCUGGCUGCUGUAGUCAAGCCUUGAUCUCCGUCUACAGUUUUUCUCCUUCUCAUUUUCUCCAUUACCAACUUGAUUAUCCUUUGUCUCAGCAUGUGUCCUGUUAACCAACUCCUUCAUUUAAACAAAUUGUGCCAUAAAGCUUUUUUCCUGCCCCUUCAUUAUUUAUCCAAUCUACCAAUCUGAUCAUCAACAGCAUUCCAUUGCUUCAAAUUUCAAAAGCUCCAAUUCUCUUCUUGUCCGUACUGUUUACAUCAGUCUUUAACUUCCAUAUAAGGCUACCCACUCCAUACUGCUACCUUUAGAAAACAUUUCCUAACACUCUAAUUUAUAUGAGAUGUUAACAGAUUUCUCUUUUUCUGAAACACUUUUCUUGCCAUUGUUAGUUUCAUUUUAUAUCCUCAGCCUUUGUCAGUUAUUUUGCUGCCCACAUAGAAAACUCAACUUUCAGUAUGCCAUUUCCCAAUCUAAUUCCAUCACCACCACCUGGUCUAAUUCAACUACAUUCCAUUACCCUUUUUAUUUACUUUUGUUGUUAUUGAUCGUGCAGCCUCUUCCGAAGACACUAUCUGUGCCAUUCAACGUAAGUUCCAAGUCCCUUGCUGUCUCUGAUGGGACUAUAAUGUCAUCACCAAACCUUAAUAUUUUUAUGUUUUCUCUCUGAACUUUAAUUCUCUUUCCAAAUUUCUACUUGUUUUCCUUCACAGUCUGCUCAGUGUGUAGACAGAAUAAAUACAGCCUACAACACUGACUCUCUCCAUUUUCAAUUACUGCCACCCUUUCAUGUGCUUUGGCUCUUAUAGCUACAGUAUGGCUUCUGAACAAGAUGUAACUUUUUGUUCCAUAUGUUUUAUCCCUGUUACAUUCAGAGUAUCAAACUGCAGAUUCUGGUCAGCAUUUUGAAAAUCUACUAAUGCUAUAAGUUCAGGUUUGCCUUUCCCUCACAUGUUUUUACAUUUCUCUGGAAACCUUACUAAUCUCCCUGAGGUUUGCUUCUACGAGUGUUUCUAUACUGUAAAUAAUUUGCAUUUGUGUUUUUCGGUUAUUACUUAUUAAACUGAUCUUUCAGUAAUAUUCGCACUGGCAUUCUCAAAAUAAAUAAAUAAUUUUUUUUAAAAAUAUUUAUUGUAACAGUCUCGGUGAAUACAGUCCCACUUGAUUACCAUUUUCAAUCAGGUCAAAUGAUCAUCAUCUUAUCUGAAAAUGAAAUAAUAUAAAACAUUUAUAUCUAAGAACACCAGUGACUUUGCUGAUAGUGCCAAACAUAUUUCAGUACAGUAGAUGCACUGCUUGCACCAUUUAAUGAACUUAUUUAGUAUUAACAUUUUAUAUCAUGUUUAGAUCUGAAGAUGAUCAUUACAAGUGACCGAAACUACUUAUCAAGUGUGAUUAUUCAAACUGAGACUAUUAUAACAAAUAUUUUUAAAAAAUUGAACAGUUGCAGACUCUCUCAUGACAAUAAUGCCUUCCUUUAUUAAAAUAAAUAAACAAACAAACAAAAAUUAGCAGUUAGAACAAGGAACUCAAAAAUAAUGCUAAGAUACUGAAGACAUAAUGCUGCCAGGAAACCUAUUGGACAGUGUAGUUCUACAAACAUGACUAUAAAUUGAUGGAAAGUUGGGAAGACAGAGUAGAUAAAAAUAAAUAAAAUGUGUAGAUAAAAAUAAAUAAAAUGCGUCAAAUGAGCAGCAACAAUAACAAUAAAACAACCACCAUCUUCAUUAUCAUCACCAGCAUCUAGUACGUAAAUAACUUUGCUGGCAAAGGGUGAUUUUUAUGUGGUGUGGGCAGCUGCUGCAUAAAAGUAAGAUUCUAAAAACUCAGGCUAUCUGCAGGCUCUUUCAGUGCAUAUUAAAUUAGAAUUGUGGAAUAAAAAAUCCCUUCACUCUCCUCAGUUGGACCUGUCACCCAGUGCUUCAACUGUCUGGUAAGUGGUAGUGACCCAUCUCCCUCUUGAGUGACUUGUGUCUUCAGACAUUUCCAGGCAUGCUAACUGAAAUCUCUCAAUGGACUGUGAUAGUGUGUUCAGUUUUGUAUAAAUAUUGUAACUCAUUUUCUUGUAGUCUCUGGUCACAAGUUCAAGGAUAAAUGUGGACCAAUGUAGAUAUUUGUACAUUUUUAUUGUAUAAUAUGAAAUGUAUAUAUAUUGUGUAAGUGUGAUUUGUGUAUGUGAUAAGUGUAUGAUGUUUUAAUUACUCUAGUGUGAUGCUCAGGAAUCUUUGUGUUAUUAUUACCACAAGGCAUAUGUAUGUAAAUAUUAGAUAGUAUUAAAACUGAAAUGAGGAACAACUGUUAUUUGGGUUACAGUUGUUGGUUUUCCAGUUUUAAUAUGGAGUCUGAGAUUCCUCAAUGGUCAUAACAAAACCAGUAUUAAAAAGAAAAAAACACACUCAUUACUUGAUUUUCCUAUAAUGCCCAUUAAAUGUGUGUUUGUAAGCUACAGAGCCAACAUAUGAUCAAAUAAGUCACUACAAAAAUGGAAAUGCAAAUUCCAGUAUACCUGAAUGAUGAGUGUAAAAACUGUUCAUGUAGGAAGACCUGUUGAAUGGAAAUUCGUUAGAAACAACUUUCAAUUCAGUUAAAUACUGAAAACUGAUGUGAAUACAACAGUGCAUAUUUAACAAGAAUGUGCAUGUUAGUCGGCAUUUCAGAUGUCAUUGUGUAAUGCGCCAAUUCAUAAAGCAGACUGAUGAGUUUUCCACAGAAAUGUCACUCAUACCAAUGAAAAUUCAACAUAAUGUUUAGCCUUUACAAAUUACCACAAAUGAGUGAAUAAAAGGCUGCUACAAUCUGCAAAUAACAAUUCAUGAUAAUUCUAUAGAGAAUUGUUUCUUCCAUAGAUUAUGUGAAAAUACAUAGAUCUAAUGCCUGAUAAUUAAAUGAAUUGAUGUUAAACAUUAUAAGCCCAGUGUUAUUCUUCUACUUGAUGAGCUCCUCAUCAAGCAUACAAAUAGGGGAGGCACCUAAAUGUGUCUGCCUAUUUUACAAUGGUACAAACCACUUUUCUCCGUAUCAUAACUUCCGAAAACAAGCUGUCGACAAAGAGAUCUUUCUUGUUAGUUAUGUUAUCUCUUCAGGAAAGGUGUAAUUCACUCACAUAAUUCAGCUAUUAAAAUUUUUCUUUAUGCUGAAGUUUUUCUAGGUUAAAUUUAAUAUGAAAGUAAGGUAAAUUUGAAGAAUGACAACCUGCACACUCUUGUUGGUAUGUACAGCUUCUUUAUUCCAUCUACACUGAAAUUUAAAGGAACCUUUCAGUGUGACAUCAUCUUAUGGAAUGGAAGAUAUGAAAUAGUAUGAAUCUCAGAAUUAAUGGUGCCUGUUUGCUCACAUAAUCUGGUGCCGAUUUUAUGUGAUGAAAUGUCUUUUUUAGUCAAACAUGUAUGUGCAAUAUGUUAAGAUAUUAUCUCAAAUAUAUUUGUUUGGUGGCCAAUGUAAACAAAAAACAUAUAUUGGUAAAGAUGACAUCAUAAAUAUGAUGUGUGUGAAACAUAAAAGUGAUAUUAUUGUCAAAAUGUGCAAUGGAAUACCAAGAUUGAUUAAUAUCCUCCUGUCCUUUGACAUUAGAUAUAGAGGAAUCUGGGAAUUAUAUCUAAAACUUGUUUGUAAUUGAAUGUAAACUAUGUUUAAUAAAUGCUGUGCUCUUAAGACCUGUAAAACCACCAGUUGAUGUACUGGUUCUAUAAACUGCUGUAAAUAAAAUAUUACCUAUAGAUUACACCAUUACUUUCGUAAACAGGGAAUUCGUAACACUUUGUAUGCUUGUAUACUGACAGAUUGAGAAUGAUGUAAUUAAUAUGCUGUGUACAUCUGUAUCUAUAUAUUUAUUGUUACAUAAGUUAACUGUACAUUGAACCACCUCUAUACAAUGUAUAAAAAAACAAAAUGCUCACUUUCAUAUUGUUUUUAGAUGUUUGUAUGUUGUAUAUAGUAAAUGUUUUUAACAAUGAUGUUUCCUAUACUCAAGUGUAUUCCUCCUGCC